AUGUACGUGAAUUUAAACCGGCUCUUACAGCUAACGCGCCGAGUGUUACAGCCUCAGCCGAAUCACCGAGUCAUUUCUGCUACACCGCCGAAUCUUAAAGCCGGCAAAUGCAACUUGAGUGACACGUCGAAGUUUGAGUUUACCGCGGAGAACAAGUGUCGCGCCCAGGAAUUAUUAUCCCAUUAUCCAGAGAACGAGAUGCGGGGCGCUUUAUUACCAUUGCUGGACAUUGCCCAACGCCAACAUGGCUGGCUGCCAAUCACAGCCAUUCAGGCUGUUGCCAGUUUGCUCAAGCUCGAGCCCUUUGCGGUCUGGGAAGUGGCAAGUUUCUACACCAUGUUCAAUCUGACACCAGUGGGAAAGUUCCACAUUAAAGUGUGCAUGACGACGCCCUGUCAACUUCGUGGCUGUGCGCAGAUUCUACAAAAGUGCGAGGAGCUGUUGCAUCUGAAGGCUGGUGAGACCUCAGAGGAUAUGGAGUUUACAUUGAAGACAACUUACUGCAUAGGCGCCUGCGUCCAUGCGCCCGUUAUGACCGUGAACGACGAUCUCUAUGAGGAUCUUCAUAUUAAAGACGUUGAGAAUAUCUUGUGCCAACUCAAGGCAGGCAAUGUGCCGCCAUGUGGACCUCGUAAAGGACGUUUUGCUAAUGAGCCAAGCUCCGGAGUCACCACCUUGUUCAUUGAGCCACCGCCAGCGGGCUAUGGUAUGCAGGAUAUUUGCAAGCCAAAGACAAAGCAUUGCUAA